AUGUAUUGGUUAGCUAAGAACUCGAUGAAUUCAAUUCGCUCCAAACAAAUUGCGUUUGGUGCAACAGCAGCAGCAGUUGUUUCGACCCAAUUUUUUUUUAAUUGGGGCAUAAACAAGACAAUCUAUCCACCAAAUAAUACCACCACCGAUAAUAGAUUGUUCCCCACGUAUGUUUAUGACCGUAAUGAAUUACACGAUGUGAUACUUUUUAAAGAGCCAUUGUUGCUUAAUUUCACCUAUCAAGGGGACAAGAAGUGUAACAAGCUCACACAGUCGUUAUUCGAUAUUUUAGCCUAUAAGGAAAAUUAUCCUUUGGAUAGUAAGAAAAAUCCCGUAAAUUUGGCAAAUAUAUCGUGUGACACGCCUGGUGCUAGGGAUAUGAUGCUUACAUAUGGAAUCAACAAGGUGCCUUCGAUUCUUUGUUUGCACAAGCAAAUUCCAUAUGACAAAUACGUUCCUAAGGAUCUCGAAGCCGGAGUCAAUGAGAAUGAACUCAAAGAUUGGAUAGCAUAUGUUGCUAAAUAA